AUGAGGUCAAUGUAUGCGGCUUCUUUGAUAGCAAAAAGCACUUUAUAUUCUAUAUUUUCCCAGGUAAAGAUGUUUGGAAGGGGUGGACGUGGUGGCGGUGGUGGUUAUGGAAGAGGUGGUGGUGGAUAUGGCAGAGGUGGCGGCAGUGGGUUUGGCAGAGGUGGUGGUGGUGGAUUUGGCAGAGGAGGCGGCGGUGGAUUUGGCAGAGGUGGAGGUGGUGGUUUUCAUGGAGGAGGAGGGCGUGGUUUUGAUGAUGUGCCUGGAGAAGUGCUGGAGUAUGGUUACUUUACACACACAGCACAAAGGACCUUGUGUGUAAAGUGACACACAAAGAUGUCCC